GUUGUUGGCUGCAAAACCCAAAACCCUACAGAUCUUCGCGAAUCUCGCAGCUCCGGGUCGAAUCAGCGGUUCGGGUCAAAUUCGUCGGAGAUUCACCUGAGCAAAAUGUUCGCGAGGCGGUUCACUUCUUUCUUCAAAGGAUCAUCAUCAACCUCAAGCUCGGACAAAGCUGGGACGUUGGGCUCUUUUGGUCGGAAGGCAGUGUCUUUCGUCUUGAUUACAGUCACUGGUGGUGUUGCUUUGAGUGCUCUUGAUGACCUUUCUAUCUACCGUGGAUGUAGCAGCAAGGCGAUGGAGAAGGUGAUGAAUAGCAAGGCGAUGAUUGAAGCCAUUGGAGAGCCAAUUGAGAAAGGGCCAUGGUACAAUGCUUCACUAGCUGUUUCUCAACAAAGGCACUCAGUGUCUUGUUCAUUCCCUGUGAUUGGACCACAAGGCAGCGGAAUCUUACAUCUCAAAGCUGUUCGCAAUGGAGAAGAUAGCAUGUUCGGUUUUCUCCAGCAACGGGACUGGGACAUUCUUAUAAUGGACGCACUUGUCCAUGUCCCGUCAAACGAAGGACCCCAACAAACCUUGAGAAUCAACGUUUCUAACAUGCUUGAUCCUCCCCCUGUUACCGAAGAUAAACCUUCCAAACCACAAGAGCCAGAGAAGAGCUGAAAAAAAGAGAGAGAACACUUAGUCGUGGAGAUCCUGGCUAGUGGCUAGGGUUUUAUUUCAUUCCAUUAUAUCUUGUGUCUUGUGAAGCAACAGAGAUUUGUUACUAAUAAUGAACACUUAUUUAGGAUUAUACAAAAAGUUGAAUACGUGAUUGGUAAUAAAUAACAGCAUUGCUCUUUAUGUUUUCACAUAA